AUGUAUUCAUCAUUUGAAGGGGUAGAUACCACAGUAGUUGCUAUUCUAUUUUCAAAUAAAUUGAAUUUACAUCUCUAUUCACAAAUCAAGGAUGAACAAGGACACUACAUACUAGUAAAAGACCACCUGGAAGCUCUAAACACCAAACCAAGAUUCAUUUUUACAUGUUAUCUGGGGACU